AUGGAGAGUACCAAGGUGCAGUUGAGUGCUAUGCCAAGCAGCCUCCAAGCCCUUGGGCUCAACCUUCCACUCCACCGGUCCAAGAAAGCGAGCUAUAUACUGUCGUGCAAGGCCACCGAUGGCCGCCGUGACGUGCUCCUCCGCCUUGCGGGCGGAGUUGCGACGGCGGGCCUAUCCGAGCUCCGUGGCGCACUUGCGAAGCCCAUCCAGUCCCCGGACUUUGGCAACUGCCAGCCGAUCGAUGAUCCCGACAAGGUUCCCCAAGUAAAAGACACCAAGUGCUGCCCCCCCCCCAAGUACGACGACAGAAUCCCAAUCCUCGACUUCAAGCUGCCCCCGCUCUCCUCGCCGCUCCGUGUUCGGCCAGCGGCCCACCUGGUAGACCGCAACUACCUGGCUAAGUAUGAGAGAGCCGUGAAGCUCAUGAAGGAGCUGCCCGAUGAUGACCCUCGCAGCUUCUCGCAGCAGUGGCACGUGCACUGCGCAUACUGCAAGGGCGCAUAUGAACAGAUCCGCUACCCGAAACUGAAGAUCGACAUACACAGGUCCUGGCUCUUCUUCCCAUGGCACAGGUUGUACCUCUAUUUCUACGAGAGGAUCCUUGGUAAUCUCAUCGACGACGACACCUUUGCACUUCCGUUUUGGAACUGGGACGCGCCCCACGGCAUGACCCUCCCGGUGAUGUACACCAGUGAGUCUUCGCCACUCUAUGACUCUAAGCGUAACCCCGUGCACCUGCCACCGGCCAUUGUCAACCUCGACUACAACCACAAAGACUACCACUCCGGGACCGACCACAAGAUCACAACAGAAGACCCGAUCAAUCUGAACCUCAAGCUCAUGUACCGUCAGAUGAUUGCUGGGGCCAAGAAGACUGAGCUAUUCCUGGGGACGUCAUACCGCGCUGGCGAAGAACCGCGAGGCCCAGGUACCAUCGAGUGCGAGCCACACAACACAGUCCACGACUGGACCGGUGAGUCGAAGGAGCCCAGCGAAGACAUGGGCAACUUGUACUCCGCGGCACGCGACCCGGUCUUCUUCGCGCACCACGGCAACGUCGACCGCAUGUGGAAUGUCUGGCGCUGCCUUGGCCACACCGACUUCACCGACACCGACUGGCUUGACAGUAACUUUCUGUUUUACGACGAGGAGGCCCGCCUUGUCCGUGUCCACGUCCGUGACUGCCUCGACACGCUGGCCUUGCGC